AUGAAGCAGCAGCAAAAGGUGCAAAUCCGCUACUCUACCGGCUGGAGACUGGCAGUCGUACAUUAUGAAGCAACAAACGCUUUGGGAAGCUGCAAUGGAUGGACAGAUGCAGACCUCCAGCCUAGUAAUGUGGAUGGUUGGCAGGAGGGCAUCCUCUGUCUGCCUUCUGAUGCGGAAAGGAUAGAGUUUGUUUUCAAGGAUAAACUCAGCAAUUUGUGGGACAAUCCCCCAAGGCUCAAUAGAUUAAAUCGGUCCAAUUAUUUAGUGGAUUUGGAGAAGAGGAAUUGUGAAGAGUUGCUGGUGGUAGUGGCAGAUGGGGAGGCGGCUGCGGUGUACGUAGACCCCAAAGGGGCAAACAAGGUGUUGAUUGUGACAGACCUAGACGGCACCCUGAUAGGGCACGAUGAGUAUUUGGCCAGCUUUAAGAAGCACUGGACUCUUCACCACUUCUGGAGAGGCUCCAAGCUGGUGUACAACACUGGUAGAAACUUGAAGGACUUCCUGAAUGCUGUAGGAGAACACAGACUCCCCAAACCAGACUUUGCCAUCCUCGGCGUAGGUACUGAAGUGUAUACCUUUCCGGGUGUCUCCGCUCCUGAUCAUUCCCAUUUCUGCUCCCUCCUUACCCCAGAAGAGCAGGAGAAGCAUCAGGGUCCGUGCACUGCAGACCCUAAAAAAAUUUUUGGCUGGGGGCUGUGGUUUGCGGCACAGAGGAUAUGGCCCAUAGAGGGGAGUGCUGGCCAGAGUGGUGCCCUGAGCGCCUCUUCGCGAAGCUUGAAAAGGAAUGGAUCGACACGAGAGUUGGAGGGCGAAUUCUACAUAAAUGGGAAUGCCUUUCACGACCCGAUGCGUCUCUCUGUCUCAAUUCCCGUCAGCCUCCUUGAACAGCACAUCAAGGACCCCCACUCCUCCUUCUGCUCCCAAUUAAAAAGAGGCUACAAAGUGUGCAUCAGCGGUGGAGGAGACUGGCGAUACCUCGAUCUUCUACCCAAAAAUGGUGGGAAGCUCGGUGCAACCCUCUUUGUAAUGCGCAAAUUGGGUUUCACACCUGAAAGGACGAUGGUCUGUGGUGACAGCGGGAACGACAUUGACAUGUUCGCACAUCCUACUUUGCUUGGUUGUUGCGUCGGGAAUGCACACGAGGUCCUCGUGACCUUUCUUAAAAAGCAAGCGAAAGUUAACUAUCAAACGAGUGCAGGGAAUGGACCCAGCGAAUCACCCACAGAAAUGAACACGAAUCCAACUUCAAAACGCCACCCUGAUUCGCCACAGCAAGCGGCUGCAAUGGUAGACGCAGGAAAUGAAUUAGAAGGAGAGGAGCCCUUUUUCCUCAGAGACAUGUACCCAACCCCAAAUGUACACCUUUCAAAGCAACCCCGCAAAUAUGCCCCCUGGAGCUGA